AUGUAGGAAAUGCAUUGAAAUUCUAUAGCCAUCCUUCAAUAUCGGGACAGGAAUUUAAGCGGUACCCUCCGUAUACUUUAUUUUAAACGUAUUUGAUGAAAACCCAAGUAUUAAUAAUUUACAUGACAGUUGACAGAAUAUCUGUUUGACAUUUGACAUCAAAUUUCGAUUUCGGUAUUUUUCGUCUAGAAGUGAUUUUUCGGCAAUUUUUAAUGUAAAUUAAAAAACCGUAAUUUUAUGGUAAAAAAUUACGUAAAGAACGACUAAUAUUAGGGCUAUAAAAAGAGUUGAAAAUGAUGGAAUCUGAAUCAACAGCCGAAGCAACUAGGAGGCUCAACGUUAAAAAACAAACCUUGGAUGAUGCUUAUGCAGCCCCUGCAAAUUUUCUAGAAAUCGAUGUAGUAAAUCCAGUAACAACUAUAGGUGUAGGAAAAAAACGAUUCACUGAUUACGAAGUAAAAAUGAGAACAAAUUUACCUGUAUUUAAAGUAAAAGAAUCAAGCGUAAGAAGAAGGUACAGUGACUUUGAGUGGUUAAGAAAUGAACUCGAGAGAGACAGCAAAAUUGUAGUCCCAGCGUUGCCAGGAAAAGCUUGGAAGAGGCAGCUACCUUUUCGAAAUGAUGAUGGAAUAUUUGAGGAAGAAUUUAUUGAGGAGAGGAGAAAAGGAUUGGAAGUAUUUAUAAACAAAAUUGCUGGUCAUCCACUUGCCCAGAACGAACGGUGCCUACAUAUGUUCUUGCAGGAACCUACUAUCGAUAAAAACUACGUUCCAGGAAAAAUUCGUAACACCUAAUUGAAUAUUGUUGGAUAUUAAUUGUUAAUUCUAUGAUGAUUCCUUUGGAUAUAUCCACAUUGAUUUUUUUUGUAAUUUUAUCAUAAUUUUAUAAAAAUUUACACAAAGAAUACUUUAUGAGUAAUAUGUUUAAAAUGAUAUUGGAUCUGUAUAUUUCUAAUUUUUAAAAUUAAGAAAGCAAUCCUGGAGAAUAAUUAGGUUUAUGCUUUAAUGUAAUUUUUUGUAUGUAUAGUGAUAUAUAUGAUUUACGUGUUAUAGGAAAACUACUUAUAUACUAUUUACUCAAAAUAAAUUUAUUUAUAUG